AUGGACCCGACUAACCUGUUUGACACGCAGUUUGUCGUCAGCCAGAUCGACCCUGAUGGCAAGAAGUUCGAUCGAGUCUCGCGAAUCAUUGCCUCGUCGCCAUCACUCGAAAUGUCGCUCUCGAUCGACAUUGCCACCGACGUAUGGCCGGUCACAGAAGGACAGCAGCUCACAUUCCAGCUCGCCUCGACAUUGAAAAAGGAGACGGCAGCCACCAAGGUCGAGGGCGCAGAUGGAGAGACGCAAGAUGCAGCGGCACAGGCGGCCGAGCGCGAUGCAUGGAGGCUCGACCAGCCUGGCAACGGUGGUAUCGCUGACGACUUUGAUUACGUCAUGUACGGCAAGAUUUACAGGUACGACGAGAAGGUUAACGACGAGGUGACCGUGUACGGCUCGUUUGGUGGAUUGAUGAUGGCGCUCACGGGCAACUUUAGGCAUAUGAGCAACAUUACCAUUGGCUCCAAUGUGUACUUGCUCAUGCGCUGA